AUGGCGGCGGAGUCAACGAAGAAUCCAAGCUCUCUAACCUCCUCUUCACUCUGCCAUAUGUGUACUAUUUAUUAUUAUCCGAUUGGGAGGGGGCUGUCCCUGUAUCCUUCAUCUCAUGUGUAGAUGGACUGUACAAUCUCUAGAUGAUUGGUAAUAUUAGUUAAGAUCUGUACCGUUCCUCUUCUGCCGGGUUUCGGGCUUACCAUCAAGGCCCGAAAACAGAUGGGCCCGGAGAAGAAUGGUCCGUUGACUUUCUCAUCCCAGCUUUCGAUUUUCCAUGUGUUGUUCAUGCGAUGGAUAAGUGGGUGUAGCUCUAAGGUUUCGAACGGAGUAGACCUUGGGAGAUUUCGGGCCGCGCUCAAAUUCGGAAAAGGCCCGGAAAGUUGUCUCUUGAGGGCCCAGCCCGAACCCAGAAAGUAGCCUCCUAGGGCACACCCUUAGUGAUGGACGGCUAGAUCUGUAUGGAUCGUAUCACGGGGAUUUAAGUCCGUUGAUCGGACGGUCAUGGUUCCUUCGGAGAGGAGAAGGCUUAUUCUAGUUUAUGGUUUUCCGUGGGUAAUCUGAACGCCAAAUGGAGGCUCUCCUCUGCAACGGAUAAAUGGAUUUGUGAGAGAUUCGACUCUGCUCUCUCUCGCCCGCACGUUCGCUCCUCCCUCUCACCGAGAGACAGCGACUGCCGCAUCGAAGCAGAGGAGGGAGGAUGCGGCUUCUUCUUCAUAGUACGCUGACUGCUCCAGCGCUUCUCCCUUUCCCGAAGCCGUUCCCUGGAGGAGGUGUGCCUGCCGUGCUCUGUCUCCCCUCCUACUACUACGUUUCCUCUGGCGAUCUUCAAUUUCCAAUUUGCGCUGAUUUCUUCCACGAUGUUCCAGCUGGUAUUCUUCAGAAGAGUCCUUGUACCACCCCUGCAGGCUUUCUUUUGCCUGGGUCAGGGCAGACGUAUGAGAAGCUAGCGUGCUGCGCCACUUCGUUGCCGUCGCAUCGUGAUGCUGUUCCUCGUCUCGUCACCAGAGCUGUAUCCACUGAAAGUAAAAAAACGCUUUCAAUACGAUAUUUUUGAAUUUAAUAUAUUUGAAUGAAUGUAUUGCUUCUUUAGUCUGGGCAGUUUAGUCUUCCCGAAGGUGCUCACUCCCACUCCCUCGAAUGAUGUCCUCUGUUAUUUGUACUUUGGUUAUGAGCAGAAGAUUUUUUUUAAAAAAAUAUAUUUGUUUUUUUUGCGGUUUUAGAGAUGAUGUAAAGGAGUUUCUGUUGUUGCUUUCCAUCAUUGAAAGUUAAGUCCAGGAAGAAACAAUUUUAUUGCACGAUUUACGUCAGACAUAAACAAAAAUCGAUCAUACCUUAGUCCUUGACUAGAUCGCGAGCUUCGUGACGUGUCUAACCACAAAUCCUAUGUGCUUGUUUAGACAAGACGUAUUAUUCCAAAAAAAAAAAAAUCUUAGAUCAGGCGCUAGCCUAGGCAUAAUAUAUCAAACAAGAAGAAGGGAAGCAUAAAAAUAAAAUUUAGGACGUUCAAAGAGGUGUUGUCAUACUAGAAUAUUUGUAGACUUGUUUCUGCUUAUCAGACUCUGUAGCCCGACAAUAUUAAACUCAGGAGCUCGUUUUCUCUUUAAAUAUGGUUUGGGAGAUCACUGAAAUGACAUGAAUGUUAACGAACCAUGGGUAAAAAGCAUGUCAUUACCUUGCUGUAAUGGCAUGUUCUGUCAAAGAACUUUUUGUAAAGGCUUUCGGAGAGAAUACUUUGCAAGUUAUUUUGAGUGCUUUUUUUUUUCUUCUUCUCUGUUCAGUGGUUAAAACCAACCAGCCUAAUGUUUUUAUUUACUGUAGCGGGCUCCUCAAAUGUAUCCGUGGACAUGGCAAACAGAGAUGUGUUAACAGCCUUGUCUCAGAUCAUAGAUCCAGAUUUUGGGACAGAUAUCGUUUCAUGUGGAUUUGUUAAGGAUCUGUCUAUUGAUGAAACCUCAGGAGAGGUGAUUAAGAAAAGUGGGCUUUCUACAAGUCAAUUGUGUAUAGUUUGAUGUAAUUUUGUUGACAAGGCUGCGUGUAUUAUUUCAGGUUUCAUUCCGAUUGGAGCUCACAACACCAGCAUGUCCCGUAAAGGACAUGGUAAUUGAAAUUCAACCAUCAAGAUUUAUAGUCAUGAUUUUUUAAGCUGGUAGAACUUGUUUUCUUUCACUUAGGGGAACUCUCAUCCUAAAAUUAAGGGUCAUAUAACGUUUAUCACAUUUGUCGGAAUUCGAAGUUGCGAAUGAGGUAUUUAAUAGUCCAAUGAUUCCUUUAUGACGCUUAUUGCAAGGGACAAGGUUAUACCGGAAGAGAUGCUGGGUUUUUUUAGUUUGUUGGUUAGCAUGCAGGAAAGUAUCCCUCCCUUCUAAGACGAGACUAUGACCAUGUGCAUUCGUCCUCCUGAAAGAAUAAUGUUGUGAUAAUAACAGCUUACAACGCCUUUAAAGACUAAUGGUCGUAAGUCUCUAACGAAUAUUUUUUUUUCAUCUAUCAAACCAUCUGGGAAUUAAGGUGAGAGAAAUACUACGUCCAAACAAACCUUAGGCUUGAACCGGUGUAAGACUUCUCUUAAGUGGACCUUUACCUUUUUUUAUUAUUUGAUUAUUGUUACGUAAGUCGAGGGUUAUAACAUUCCAAUUCUAAUGUCUAAUAAUUAAAGGGUUCUCAUUAGUGUCCAUAUUGCGGGAUGGAUGUUAUAUUCGGUAAAAUAUACAUUCAACUUCAAGAAUGUAUAUUUGAGUGCUGAAUUCUAUGUCAAUGUUAUUAUACUUGUUUUCAGUAAAAGCUGUCAGGAAGGUUAAAGGUCACCUCUCAAAAAAAGUAUUUCUAAAAUAUAGUUUGCGUUAUUGACAAUUCCAUUAACUGUUUAUUUGUGAAGAUAUUGAAUGGCGUUGUUUGUGUUUUCUCUCGAAUUGUAUUUUGAAGUUGGUUGUUAUACACAUCAUCUGGUGAUAAGACUAUAUUCAUCUCAUCAUGCUUAUCAAUUCUUUUAACUGGAACUGUACGAACUGUGUCAAUCUUAAGUUGUAAAUAUCAACUACUUCAUGCACCUGACAUUGUAGAUCCAUUUUUUUAUGCUAUAUCUUAAUUAUAAUGCACUUUUUGUGUCUUUACUCAUACUGAAUCAAUUUCUGCUUGUUAGUUUGAAAAAAGGGCCAAUGAGGUAGUUACAGAACUUCCUUGGGUGAAAAAGGUCAACGUGACAAUGUCAGCCCAACCUGCAAGACCACUUUAUGCCGACCAACUUCCCAAGUGUUUACAAUCAAUUUCGAAUAUUGUUGCAGUGUCUAGUUGCAAGGUAAAUUUAUAUAUCCUCCUUUUGACUUCAAUCUGCUACUGCUCAUUUCAUAUAAUGGCUUUUCAAGAUAUCUAGUUCGCAAAUUAAAGAUAGAAUUGGGAGAGUUACACUGUUCCAAGAUCAUUUUAAGUCUAACUCAUUCAUAUAUUAAUCUUCUUAGUUUCAAGUAUCAAAAUCAUCUUACUAUUGAAAGCAAUACAAAAUUAUUUUCAGCUAUGUCCGUGCCUUAUCAUGUGAUAAUGACCAGAAAAAUGGUGGAAUCAUACACUUUGCUUCUAGAUGAUAUAUGGAACAUCCAGCGUUGACGCGACAUGCCUUUUAUCUGCAUAUAUUUUGAGCUCAAGUUCACCCAAUGAAGCACAUCAGUACUUUAAAAUCCAAACCAAAAAUUUCAUUCUUCCGAUUGAUUGUGUAGAGUAUACAUUGAAGUUUUUUUCUGGAUGUUAAGAAGAUUAUUCCACGAAAAUCAAAAUGAAAAAAAAAAUGGUUAUGACCAAUUGUUUUGCACUAAUCACACCCGUACAAGGUGAAGUUACCUGUUUGAGUUAACCUAUGAUAAGAAACGUAAAGACUAAUCAGACCAACUAGAAAAUCGGGUUGCUUAAAGUUUAUUGGGUUGGACUGAGUUUUCUCGAUCCAAACCAGCCUGUGGUUUUGUUGGGACGACCGUGCGAGUCAAUCCUAAGGAAAACUGAGGCACGUCUUGAAACUUGUCUAUAUAUUUAUUCUAUAUGUAAGUUUCUCCAAUCGGAUCUUAUCUGGUGGAUCUAAAAGAUCAGGGUCUGGUUGGAGUGGUUAAGCAUUUGAAGACAAAAAGUUGCGUAGAUUGGAACCCAGUUAAAAUUUGGUUUUGUUGGAUUCAGGUCUACAACUUCUUUCAAUUUGGGUUGGGUAAAACUCCACUUGAACCAACCUAACUUUAGUUGCAGCUCCAAGGAGAGACUCAAUCGAAAAUCCUUUGAAACUUGUUUGAAAGUCCACCUCUACUCUCUUUCGUGAUGUUUAAUCUCAUAUGCGUGGGAACAGCCCUCAACCGCUACCUAUGACUUCAAGAGAGUCUAGGAGUUAAGAAAAAGUUGCAAGGAUAAUAAAGGAAGUCAGAAUAAUGAUUCUUGAGAUUUUACAGAUCACAGACCUUCAUACAUGAUAAAAACAUAUUUUAUGCUGCAAUGGAAUUCCUUAUUUUAUUUUAUUUUUGUACUUAUGUGAAAAAAAACAUUUAUUUAAAACAUUGGCAUAUUAUUAAUAGCACGUUGUUGUCAAUGAUUAUAUACUCAAGCUGUGCAGGGCGGUGUCGGAAAAUCUACAGUGGCCGUUAACCUCGCCUAUACACUGGCCGGCAUGGGUGCCAGAGUCGGCAUAUUUGAUGCUGAUGUUUAUGGUCCGAGCCUCCCAACAAUGGUUUCACCUGAAAAUCGAUUGUUAGAGAUGGUAUUUGUUAUUCUCCACGUACAUAUUGGUAGAUACUUCAAGUUCGAUUUUAGUAAUCUUGAAUUAAAGCGGUUUUUAGAAUCCAGAGACGAAGACCAUAAUCCCAACUGAGUAUUUGGGCGUCAAGCUGGUAUCAUUUGGAUUCGCUGGACAAGGACGUGCAAUAAUGCGGGGUCCCAUGGUUUCAGGGGUUAUCAAUCAGUUGCUCACCACUUCUGAAUGGUAUGUUUCCUGUAUCACUUGUACUUUGCUAAAUAUUUUAUGUUGACAUCUCCACAUUGUUGAUAUAACCACAGGCCUGAUAUUAAUUCUACAUUGAAUAUCAGUCCAAUUAUCAUUUUUUUUUCAAUGUCUCUUCAGGAAAAGUAUUAGCUCUAAAUAUUACCUUUUUUUAGUUUUUUACGUUAACAUAUAUAGAUUGCAUUUCCUAAAUUAAGACUAGAAAAUACUCUCCUGACUCGGUCAGCUCAUGUGAUCCUGCUCUUCUUUUUUUUUUUUAUCGGAACCAAAUCAUGUUGCAUAUCGGGAUUGGCUGAACUAGUCGAACGAAUGUGGAAGCAUCCCAACGAAGUUAAACUUGUUAGGGAAUCAAUUCGAUUCGUGAGUACUGACAUUGAUUGAUAUUGAAAGUAACGACUCGUGAAAUGAAGGUGGCUAUCUCAGCCUACAUUUACUGUUAGACUAGUUCAGCCAAUCUCAUCUUAUAAUGUCCUACUAAAUAAACGCAACACUUGAAAAACAUGUGUCACUAACAUCUCUCCCCGUCUGUAUUUGGACCAUUGUACAUGAAAAUAAAAUAAGAAAGGCUAUUGGUGCACCUCAUUUAUUCUUUUGAUUUCUGAUGUACUGACUUGGCAUGAUGCAGGGGAGAGCUAGACUACCUUAUAAUUGAUAUGCCUCCUGGAACCGGUGACAUUCAGCUUACUUUGUGUCAGGUGUAUUUUUAUUCAUUAACAUAGUGCAAACAUUGCUUAUGCCCCCAUUUGAUUGAACUUCUCUCUUUCCAGGUGGUUCCAUUAACUGCAGCUGUGAUCGUUACAACCCCUCAGAAGCUUGCUUUCAUUGAUGUCGCCAAAGGUGUCCGCAUGUUCUCCAAGCUCAAGGUAUCCUUCCAUGUAAUAGAAACAUAGAACGUCCAAAGCUUUCAAUCCUAUCAAUCUGACCAGCAAGCACGCAGAAUAGGCAGCAUAAUCCGUGCACUUAAGUCAAGCGAAUCUAUACAUAGGCCCUGUGAUAGUAGCUAGCCCAGACGAUACAACCCGUUUCAACAGAUUAGAUUACGCAAGUGAAACCCACCCAUCCACGCCCAUAAUCACCAUCUCUUAUGUUGACCAACGUUGUUGCAAUUUCGCAGUGUAUUAUGUUGAUGUUUUUGUCGCUGGAUCAGCAUUCAUGAUUAUAAUGGGCCUAUCUGUUUUGAAGGUUCCAUGCAUUUCAGUGGUCGAAAACAUGUGCUACUUUGAUGCUGACGGCAAGCGUCACUACCCCUUUGGUGAGGGCUCGGGGAGUCAGGUGCGUGUGCGCCUCUACAUAUGUGAUGUGCUAAUCUAGGACUCCCUGCUUACAGACGCCUUCAUCCAUUUUGUAUCAGGUCGUUCAACAGUUUGGGAUACCUCAUCUAUUUGAUCUUCCCAUCAGACCAUCGGUAUGCCCACGCGCCUUAGCUUAGUAAUUGAGGGAUGCUCCUUCAGAAAAGACUGCUGUAAGCCUUCUCUGUCUCUCUCUGUCUCUCUCUGUCUCUCUCUGACAGCUAUCAGCCUCCGGGGACAGUGGAACGCCGGACGUUGUGAGUGAUCCUCUAGGUGAUGUGUCCAAGAUUUUUCAGGAUCUGGGGGUCUGUGUGGUCCAACAAUGCGCCAAGAUCCGCCAAAUUGGUAAGUUGACUUCCUGUGGCUAGAACAGUCCCACAUUGCUUGUCAUCUGCGAUAACAGAGAUGGUCCCAGUAACUCUAAUACCUGUCAAUGGCUUCAUUACUGCACUAUCACAAGCUAAUUUUAGUCGUGGAUGGUGAAACCCAAAAGAUGCUUUACAGAGAAUUCAAUGCCCAUUAUUCUCCAAGAACAGAGUCUAAAACGUGUAGUUAUUACUCUCAAAGUAUACCUGGCAUUAUGCCGGGUGGGUUUGAGGCCAAAAUGAUGCCCCGAGGUGUUCUAGAUCUUCAUGGCGAGUUUAACCCGAGUAUCAUUUGCUCACUUAUUGGCCCAUUUAUCUUCGCUUCCACAGUUUCGACGGCGGUAUCAUAUGAUAGAUCGGUGAAAGCGAUCAGAGUAAAGGUUCCCGACUCCAAAGAAGAAUUCCUUCUGCAUCCAGCCACAGUCAGGCGAAAUGACCGCUCCGCCCAAAGUGUCGUAUGUAUUUCAUCCUCUGUCACUUAUUUCUGCUGGGUUAUUUUGAUUAUAAAUAUUUUAGGCUAUUUCAUCUUAUGGGUUUCUGGAGGGUGGGAAAGUUUCGAGAAAUAUAAAAAUGAGAUAUUUAUUUAAUAUUCUAAAAUCAUGUUCUCAUGAUUUAUUUGCUAAUUUCUAGCUCAGACCUGAUCAUGAAUUACUGCAAUUACUAUCACCAGCAGCAGCAGCAUUACUACUACUAGUUCCUUGAAGAUAAUGCUCUUUCUCUGUGCUGCUUUCGAGAUAAAUCCAUGGCAGGGAGGGAGGGAGGGAGGGAGGGAGGGGGAGAGAGAGAGAGAGAGAGAGAGAGAGAGAGCUAUAUGUAUAUAUAUAUAUCUGCAUGCUAACAAGGGGAACCAGUUAUAACAUAGAUGAUUUCAUGCCUAGAAGUAAGCCGAUCGUGACCUGCAGGAUGAGUGGACUGGAGAACAGAAAAUACAGUACGGGGAUGUUCCUGAAGACAUCGAACCAGAGGAUAUCCGGCCGAUGGGGAAUUACGCUGUCUCAAUAACAUGGCCCGAUGGCUUUAGUCAGGUCAGAUAUCCAUCCAUGUUGCUUUCAUUUAUAUAAUUUAGUUAUAUAUAUGUAUAUAUACAUGUUUAUUUAUUUUUAUGGUUGCUUGCACUUAGAACAUCAUAAUCACAAACGGCAUUUCCUCCUCAAAAUUGUGCCAAUUAUUGGAAUAUUUAUUUGACACUUGCCUAGAAUGGUAUCAAUUUCUUGGUUUUAUUGUUGGUAUAAUUUUCUGAUUCGGACUGUUGCCUAGACUCCUAUGUCUAGUAGUUGACCUCCGCUGUCAGAUGGAUGAGGUUACCCCUUAUGAAGCUCUUACCAAGCUCAGGUGCAGUAAAAUCUAGGCCGGAAUUAGCUAUGACUAGCCACGUGGGUGAUUCUGGAACCGCCACGUGCUGAGAGAAGAUAUAUCUAUUUUUUUGCUGGGUUUGAUUUUGUGCUCCCGAAUGAAGUACCCUUGCGCCUGUGAGAUCUUCUCAGCCAUAGAUGAUCCUAUCGAAUCCACGUGGCGAGAAGAUAGUGGGCCACAUAGAGACAUGGCCGGACCGAGAUCAUCCGCAAGAAGAAACUGGGCUCCGGAAAGAGCCUCUCCACAUUCUCUGAGGCCCCUUGUUCUCUCUCUCUCUCUCUCUCUCUCUCUGCCUCUUGAUACCUUCUUCGUCCCCUCCCCUGCUUCCCUCUGCAGAUAGCGCCGUACGACCAGCUGCAGACCAUGGAGAGACUGGUGGACUUUCCGGAGCCGUUGACGUCACACGCGAACGCUUGA